AUGGCGGAGCGGGCCCCACAUUUGACGGAUGAAUUUUCCAAUCCUACUUCCAAUAAUCAAAUCCAAACCCUAACUCUUCCUGCCUUUCAAUCCGGCACAUACGUGGUCCAAAUCCCUAAGGAUCAAGUCUACCGCGUUCCGCCACCGGAAAAUGCUCGAUUUGUUGAACGUCUCUCGAUUCCGGUGAAGAAUAGUAAGCGUAAAAAGUGUUGUUCUCCAUUUUUUUGUUGUUGUUCUAUCACCAUUUCCAUUAUCAUCCUUAUCGGCCUGGCUAUAACCAUUUCUUUUCUUUUUCUUAGACCAAAAGAUCCCAAAUUUUCAAUCCAAAAUGUCCUAGUCAAGCAAAAGAACUACCCAACUUAUAACAUCACGUUAAAUGUCAAUAAUCGGAACCCUAAAGCCGGAAUUAUUUACAAACAAGGCGGUCAUGCUUCUCUCUCUUUUCGACAACAAGAGAUUGCCACAGGAAAAUAUCCAAAGUUCUACCAAGAGCGUGAUAGUUCGAGCCUUAUCGGAGUACUGCUUGAUGGUUCAAAAUUUGUGUUGCCUAAGGAGAUUGAGAAAAGCAGGAAAUCGAGAGGGAUUGUUUCUUUGUCCCUUAAUAUGGAUGUGCCAAUAAGCUUGAAAAAUGGGAUUUUUGGGGCAAAGAAUGCUAAGCUUGUUGUAGCUUGUGAUUUGACGGUUGAUAAGCUAGCGAAAGGUGGUCGAGUUAUUUCUGAGGCAUGUCAAACUGAUUGA